UUAUGAAAUAACCAAACAUUUUUUAAAUACUCUUUGCAGGCUUUGUUUGCACAGACUGAUCGAUAUUAAAUAAUUAAUAUUUUUUUUUAUAAUGAAUUACAUAAUAUUUUUCAUUGUAUGUUACGCUCACGUAUUCGCACAAAUUCCAGAGUCGCCACAGUUGGCGGAAGAAUUAUAUAAGCAGCUAUUCAAAAGGCAGAGAGUGAAUCACUUGGAAGCUAUAAAAUCUUUCAGGAAAAUAUCUCAUUACGAAAAACAAUAUUCGAUGAUUCAAAUAAUGGCUGAAAAAGUAUUCAGCAACAUUCAAGAGCACAGGGCUGCAAUAGAAGCUUCCUCAUUUAUACCAGGCGUUUCAGAGUUCCCUUCAGAUAAUAACGUGAGAGAAGCUUUAUCAAGCAUUCUUGAGAACACUGCAUUGUUUUCUGAAAUAAUUAUACGUUAUCCAGACAUUGCUGUUGACGUAUUGAAAACCAAUAAUAAUUGGGAUGUCCUUCUUCAAUGGGGUAUCGCCUUUUCAAAUCAAAUGAGAUAUUUACUUGAUAAGGGUACCAUUAAAUUGCUCCACUUAGUAAGUCAAGAACUGAACCAUAUUGAUAAAGAUCCAAAUUAUGUGAAUCCAUACAGAAAGAUAAAACCUACACAAGACGCCAAUGAAACUGAAAUACACAAAACUCAAAAAAAGGCAAAAAAAAUUAAAAAAGGACCAAGAAUGAUUAUUCACAAUGAACUAUAAAAGAAAAAGAAGAAAAGUCAUGGUCUAAGUUCCUUACAUGAUUAGAAAGUAAACUUUCAGGGUAAUAAAACAAAUCAAGCAAUGUACAAUAUACAUGUGAAUUUUAAAAAGAAUUAUUGUGAUUUACAAUCAAUACCUAAUAAAAACACACUUACAUGGUA